CGCUGAUCCAGUCCUCGCCAGUCAACGAACACAACUUCGACCUCUAUAUGCCUCAAUCCGGAACCCGAGGGACUCUUGACCCUGAACCUACGCCUGAGAUGGCAGAGGAGGGCAUAUCGGGCACCAGGCGUCCGCACAACGACGCGGAACUGCAUCCUGCUCCGGACGCUCACUCUGUGCGCGCCAAUGAGCAGAUGCACGCAGAAGGACUACUACAUCCAGGUUCUGCCAAUUUCAUAUCGGAGACAACGAACGCACCCAAGCUCAAGACCUCUGAAGCCGAACAAACCGCGCGAACUUUGAAUCGGCCUUCAGCGACCCCAGCUACUACUACGAUGACCGAAUUUGGGGCGGGCUCCAGGGUCUACGCGGACUUUGGUGCAAGCAGCGGUGGUCGUGCUACGCGUCGGCGGGAAAUGGGCCACGAGAUGGCAGGAGCGAUGCACUUGUCGACCGAGCUCGAUCACACCGCGCGCGCUGAUCAGCCCCGCUAUACAUCUAGCGCUGUCGACUACGAGAAGAAGUAUGCUCCAGACGCACAUGGCGAGGAGCUCAGCUCUAACGCUCGGAUCUGGAGCGUCUACAACGACGAGGCGCAGAUCGCUGACACGGAACUCGUGAAGGGGUUGAACGGCACGCUUGACGUCCUGAUGGUGUUCGCAGGUCUCUUCUCAGCGGUCGUCACAACCUUUGUCGCUCAGAGCUCGCAAGCAUUGAACCCUGAUUACGCCCAGAUGACAACGUCGCUACUAUACGAGCUGACAAGGGUACAACGCGCGAUGGCUACCGGAGCCCCAAUCAAUGACAUCCCAGAGUUCCAGGGCGCAUUCACCUCAAAGACCUAUGCGAUGACGGACGUUUGGGUCAAUGGAUUAUGGCUCGUCAGCCUCACGCUUUCCCUAUUGACCGCGCUGAUCUCGGUACUCGCAAAGCAAUGGAUUCAUCACUUCAACUCGAUUACUGGAAGCACUCCGCGAGACCGGACCUACGUACGUCAGUAUCGUCUCAAAUCUUUUGGACACUGGAAGGUCCCUGAGAUCAUUGGGUUCCUCCCAGCCCUGCUCAGUACCGCUCUGCUGCUAUUCUUCGCCGGGCUUGCUGUCUACGUUGCGCCUAUGAACACCGCAAUAUUGGCAGUCAUCAUCAUACUCUCCGCGGCCUCUUUCCUCGCGUAUCUCUUGACCAUCAUCCUGCCCAUAUUCGUCCCGCAUUGCGCUUACAAGACGCCCACUUCCGACUACAUUAUCGUCUUUGCUCACGUCAUGACGAACUAUGUGUUUCACUACAUGGUCCUAGUGAUACGCCUGCCCUACGAUGUUUUGCGCUGGCAUAUCAGACAUCGUCAUCGCCCACGCGCGUCGAAGGGCUGUUGGACACCUUUCGCGACGUUUUGGGAAUACUGUGCCCCUGCUAUUCCUCCGCGCGUCAGCCCACGCGAACUGGCCCACGUCGAGACGCAAAGCCCAUCAUUGGCCAUAGAAGCAUUGCUCUGGCUCUGCUCGUCGCCUCUGAAUGCUUCCGCGGCUGAUAUCUCCGUCCAAGCGGCAUCCGCAUUUCCUAGCGAUUCGCUAUCCGCUGUAAGGCGGGGAUACUGGAUCCUGCACUGGAAGGCGUCGAAGCGCCUGCGCGCGCUGAGUCAGAUGAUCGCUCCCGCGCGCAUUGCGGAACACGCAGACGCUGCAGAACGUCUGGCGCGCACUAUGCUACAUGUCCCAAACGAAGACUGGUAUCUUCUCAAGUACCACAUAUGGGAGCUGCGUCUGUGGGAGAACCUGUACACGGUCCGCCAGCAGAUCGCCUCCCCACAAGCCAGUGCGAUGCUCCGUCUCGCCUUGCUGGUGCGCUUCUGCUGCAAGACGCUCAGGCCAACGGACGACGAGGCCGCUCAGCGCGCCGCUCGUGCCGUCGACUGGCCGAUGUUUCACUCGCACGACCUGAGGCUACAUCCCGUCGUCUGGUGUCAACUGGACCGAGCGGUGCGGCUGUGUCUAUUGAGGCUCGAAGACAGGCCACGGUGGUCGGAGUUCAGCGUCGAGCCUCGAUGGAGCCUCACCAUAGGCUAUACCUACGUUCUAUCAGAGGAGGAAGGCCAGCCGUACGCACCACCGAACUGGAAGAAGGACCUUUACGAGAACACAGGGAUCACUCUGAGGAACUAUGCCAAAGGCUGCAAGUGGAACGAGGGGCGCGACAGACUACUCGACAAUAUGAAAAAGGUCAAGCACCUACUUUCCCAGCAUCUGGCGCAGCUCGAAAGUCAUAUCGACCUUAGCAGAAGCGAUACAUGGACUCAGACCACGGCGCGACAGCAUGGGGACAGCGGCGCCGAGAGGAUAUUCAGGGCGACAGGGCUCGUCACCGCCGGCGAAGUGAUAGAUCCUGAGAGUGCAGUCAGGACGCGUGGCAGUCAUGCCGGAGUAGAUGGAUCUGAUGUCUCUGAAGUGGCCAUCCUGGUGCCAGUGCAGAGCCAAGUUGCUGCAGUCGCGAGCGACGAAGAACAGGACGACGCCGCUCCCGACAUCACCAAGCUCAUGCACCGCGCAGACGUGCACGAUCACGACGAUCACGACGACCAGGUCGGUGGUAGCGCCGUCGUGGCGAGGGACGGUGCCUCAGCUACUGCAACCGUUCCUGCCGCCUCCAGCUCAGCGCCCGGGCGUAUCACCGACGACGCCGAAGGCUGGAGCACGCACGUAGGGCACGCGAUAUGAACCUCAUCACGGCUGUCAAGUCGAGAGCUUACGCAAGCCGUGGAGGGUGAUUAUGCGUUGUGUACGUGUUUGUGUAGCGCAUCAAGGACUUGAAGACAUUAUUGUUGUAGCGGACAUAUAGUACCGAGAUGAUCCUGCGUAUCGUAGUAGAAGGCGGCGAAAAUUGUGUUCGAGUGCGCGCACGCACCAUGAGAGAAUUCAUCCUAGUGGCUGCGCUGGCUACUGGAAGUCAUCGGCGUCAUGACUAUCUCCUCCUCGC